AUGUCGGGCAGCACCGAGCCAUCUUCCUGGGCGGAGGAGAGGAAGGCGCUCGAGCUUGAGCUUGCGGCGGAGCGACGACGCUGCGCGUCGUUGCAGGAGGAGCUGAAGAAGGAGAAGCAGCUGGCUAUCGCGCGCCAGCUGCAGGCGGAGGCUGAGGAGGAGAGGCUGACCAACAAGCUCAUGCAGAGGUUGGACGAGCUCAAGACGGCCAAGCUCACCUUGACACCCGAGGUGGAAGCCGAGGAGGGGCUGGUUGCCAGCCUGAAACGUCGGCUGGACACGCUCACGGCAGACAAGGCCAAGCUCGAGGCCAAGCUGGCGUCCGAUCAAGACUAUGUGGCCAACACCCUCCUGCGCAAGAUCCGGGAGGUGGAGGCCGAGAAGCUCAAGCUCCAGCGGGACAAGGCAAACCUGGAGAACACGCUCGAGGCCGAGCAGGAGUACAUCAGCAACCGCCUGUCCAAGCAGCUGGAGCAGCUGGCGAUGGAGAAGAACACCAUGAUGACGGAGAAGCUGGAGCUGCGCCGGCAGGUGAACGAGCUGGCCGCCUCGGUGGACAAGCUGAACAGAGAGAAGGUGGCUCUGGAGGCCCAGUUUGAACGGGAGGAGGAGCAUGUGGUGAACAAGUUGCAGCGCCAGCUGCAGGCUGUCACCAUCGCCUACUGCAACCUGGAGUCCAAGCUGGAGAGCGCAGGCAUCUCGCCGCGGGAGUCCGGCGGCCCAGGCUUGGACCACACCAUAGAGUGGGUUUACGGGCGGAGCCCCUCCCGGCACAGCACGCGCCUGACGACCGACGGGCGGGACCGGUCGCGCUCCUCCAGCCGCACGAGCUCCUUCAGGGGCGGCGCGGCGCUGGCGGCGGCCAUCGGCACGCCCUCCGCCCCGGGGGCCACCCCGCACGGAGCGCAGGAGCUGGCCUCCCCCCGGGUCUCCCUGGCGCGGCGCUCCUCCUCCUCGGUCACCUCCCGCUCGCAGGAGUGUUGCACCCAAGCACCCUGCAUCAAAGCGUGA